AUGGCGAGCGCCGCCGCCCUGUUCAUCAUCCUCCUCACCUCACUUUUCAUCUCCACCACUUCCACCGCCGCAUUAGCCCCGUCUCUCCAUCCAUCGCCGCAUUCUCUCUUCGCCACCAUUCUCUCCACUCUCGGUUUCCAAGAUCUCUCCUCCGCAACCGCGGAUGCUAACCUCUCCAUUGCCACUCCCACCACCAUCUUCGCCACCACUGAUUCAUCCCUUCUCACUUGUCCCUCCUGCUCCAUCCCUCUCCUCCUCCAAGAACACUCUCUCCCUGGCCUCUACCCCCUUCAUUUUCUCCGCACUUUAGCCUUCGGUACCAAGAUCGAGACUUUCGCUCCCAACCGCUGCCUCACCAUCACUUCCACUCACUCCGCCACCAGUUUAGCCAACAAAAAAGUCUUCAUCAAUGGCGUCGAAAUCACCAAGCCAGACCUCUUCAACAAUGGACUUCUCGUCAUCCAUGGCAUACAGGGUUUCAUCUCCCACUUAUCUCCACUUUCUUGCAGCGUUGAAAGAAUGACUUCUCUGUCAUUCCCCCAACACCUGCCGCCUGUGGCUGCGUUCCUCAUGAUGCGCCUGAUGCUAAAAGACGCCAUGAUGAGACUGCGAAUUAGUGGAUACAGUGUGCUGGCUCUGGCAAUGCGGGUCAAGUACCCGGAACUCUCGAACCUCAAGUCCAUGACCCUUUUCGCUCUAGACGACUCCUCCAUUUUCGCCGGCGGCAGCGGACACUCCUACGUGGAGGAUCUUGGGUUCCACGUCGUGCCUAACAAGUUGUUGAUGGCGGCAGACUUAGUAAGCCUGCCGAAGGGGACAGGGCUGCCAACUAUGGAGAGAGGGCAGAGUCUAGUGAUCACCACUGCUGGCGGCAGCGGUCCAUUGGCGCCAAUGAGGAUCAAUUACAUGAAGAUCAAGAACUUUGAUAUGGUGUACAACAAGAAGAUUGUGGUUCAUGCACUGUCAAUGCCGUUCCCCCGCCUGAAUCCGACAGGUUUUGCACAGAUAGAAAAAUCAAGAUUAGGAGUUUCUGAGAAUUGUGAAGUCUUUGACAUGAUUUCCCCAUUACCGGCCGGAAUUUCAUCGACAGUUGAUGAUAUUAAAAAUCAUCAAGGUCUGUGA